AUGGCUCACCUUCUUUCCGCCUCAAAGCUCGCUGCUCUCUACGACAGCAAGACCCACGAACUCGUCCUCACAGCCCAGGUCCCCGCCAUCGUUCUCAACCCCAAGUUUGUUCGUGUCGAGGGCUUCGUCGGUGGCCUCAAGUUCGCCCUGCAGGGCUUCUUCGGCGGCGUGCUGCCCCCGGGAGUCCGCGAUAUCCAAGACGUUACCACAAAGUUCCCCGUCAUCCUCCCCACCUCUCACUUCAACAACAAGACCGUCUUCAUCGACACCGCCGACGGCACCAAGGAGAUUGAGAUCAAGUACACCGGACUCGAGGGCGUCGUCCCCACCACCGGCGUAGACUUCACCAAGCACGACAACACCGCCAUCGGCAGCGUCGUGUCUCCCAUCCACCUCGCCCUUGGCGCUGAUCACGAGACCACCAUCACUGCCGUUGUCCAGAAGGCUGAGGGCGACUUGAAGAUUUCCGUCGUGCCCAGCUUCAACGAGGAGUUCCUGAGACUCGUCAACGCCACCGUCCACAACGGCGUCAUCUCCUACACUUUCCGCUGGGCCAAGCUCCCUACCGAGGAGGGCCAGAACCCCCAGCUCAUCAACGUUACCACCACCACUUACAACGGUCUUGUCGGUCCUGCCGCCCGCACCACCAGUGUUGUCCAGGGCUACAUUGUCCGCUUUGUCGUUUUCCAGGAGUAA